AUGGACUUCGGCGACGCCCUCGCCGCUGGUUCUUCAGGCCGUUCCGAGGAGAGCUCUACCAGCACCCGCGAGCUUCACAGUCAGCACAUUUACGAGCUCCAAUUGGAGGUCAACGCCCUCCGUGCUGAAAUUCAGACUCUCAGGUCCGCAUUGCAGGCUUUGGAAGAGUCCCUUGCUCGUGCCUGGGUGAACCAGACCGACGCUUUGCUUGGGCCAUCCGAAUUUCAUGCGGCCUUGGUCGCUGCCGAGAGGCCGCUUGUUCUGGAUGCUCAGUCCCUUCUCAUCAAGGACUUGUCUUGGCACAUAAAGGUGGGCGAGGCGUCUCGAAAGACUCCUCUUCUCCCUUGGGAGACGGGUCCCCUUUCUUGGAUCUUUGGUGGGCCACUCAAGAGGCCGCGUCUGGAGCUACCUCGGGACCUGUCUCCCGAUUCAGGAUCUGCUGUUGAUGCGGGGGUGCCUCUGGUGCAUCCACAGCCGGUGCCCAACUUUGCAAGGGAGCGUCUUAGGAUUGCAGCUCUCCUGGCUACAGACGACAGUUCUCGCUGGGAAGCUCUGAGGAAGUUCAGGACGCUGGUUUUGCUUGACCCGGCGCUGUCUCAGGUGGGGCAGUCACUUGCGGCUGAGGCUUUGAUUCUGCGAGACGGCGAUCAGAUGAGGCGAACUUUCUUGGAUGUCUUCCAUGGCAAGAGUACAGCUACCUUAGUGAAGAGAGCCUCGUCGCUUUGGAGGUUUGCCAACUUUUGUUUUGACAAUGGUCUGGGAAAUCCGCUCGGGGCUGGCGAGAAGGUUCUGUACCGAUACAUGUCGCACCUCGAGGAACAUGGCAAGCCGACAUCCGCCUCGGCUUUCCUUCAGGCCUGGAACUUCGCUGUCCACACUUUGAAGCUCUGUAGCCCGGACGCUUUGGGGGCCUUGUCUGCUAGAGUGAAGGGUGCUGCGCAGCGCAUGUACUCCUUGAAGAGGAAGCUUGUUCAGGCAGUACCUUUGACAGUGAAGCAGGUGAAAGGCCUGGAGUACGUGGUCCUGAAGUCCCCGUACCCCCAUUGGCGAAUCAUUGCGGGUCACCUCUUGAUGUGCAUAGGGUCUAGCUGCCGAUUCGCCGAUUCCUUGCAGCUGACCAGCCUCAAGGUCAGCACUGCUCAGGGUGUUACCCUGGUUGAGGCAGAGAGCUCGAAGUGGAAGACGGCUUCGAGGAAGGACCAGCUCCUUCCUUUGGCCUCCUUGGGAAAGUUCUUCGCUGAGGAGUCGUGGGGAGAAGUUUGGGCUAAGGAGCGCGAGGCUGCUGGUCUUGGCCUCGGCCCGGCGCUCCCGGCUUUCUCCGAGGUGACUGGUGAGUGGCUUAACCGUCCUAUGUCCACGGGGGAGGCCACUUGUUAUCUUAGGGAGUUCAUGACAGCGGCUUCCCAGAUGACUGCUGGUUUAGGGUGUCAUUCUCUGAAGUGCACUGUCUUGUCUUGGGCUGCAAAAUCCACGGAUGUCCCUCUCGCUGAUCGACGUUUGCUGGGGCAUCACAUAGAUCCGGGAGUGGUGUCGCCGCUUACUUAUGCGAGGGACGAGCAGACCCGACUCAUGAAGGUAGUUCAUCUUUUGGUGGAAAAGAUCAGGAAAGGAGCCUUCAAGCCGGAUGCCUCGAAGGUCUGGCGCCUCGCGAAGCUGAUUGAGUCUGGUGGCACGGAGCUGCUUAUUGAACAGACUGUGCAAGGCGAUCCCUCUAUGGAGGAGUCCGAUGACGAGGAAGGCGACUUCGGCGACGGGGACAUGGCCGCUGGAGGAGCGUGCGCCUCGAUGGAGCGAUUGAGUGCAGCUGAGCUGGACAUUGCUAAAGAUAGUCGGAUGCAUGUCUACUCGAGGGUGGUGCACAUCCUGAAAGGAUCCAAGUUCCUAUGUGGGAGGAACCUCUCUCCAAACUAUGAGGCCAUCGAUCCGGAUGUUCCCCUCCGAAGAGCGCAGUUCAGGCCGUCCUUGAAGGACGGGACAGUAGCAGCCAUGAAUUCGACAAUUGACAGCGAAGCCACGUUCGCUGCCCGGGCCACCGAGCUCGGCAUGGAGCGCGCUCUCUUGGAUUUGCUUGUGAACAACAACGUGAAGACGAUGGGCGCGCUAGCCUUUGUGAGCCCCUAUCAAAUCGGUCAAGCAGAUGAGAAACCUCUUCUUGAAGCCCUCAAAGCCCUGAUAGGGCGCGACUUGACCGCGGAGGAGCUGAUCCCAGUCAGGCGAUUGUGGUUUGAAGCCUCGACCACAGUGAUGGGGGAGUUGAAGCAGAAAGUAGAAAGAAAUGACUCUGCUGAACCAGUUCGUCUAGCCAUAGCGGAAAGAACAACACGUCUGGAUGAGCAGAAAAAGCGCCUUGUGGGCGUGUGCAUCAACAGUGAGUCUGAACCUUCUCACCGCCUUGUGGAUGUUGUCUUCCAGCAGGGCGCGGAUCAGCAGCUGACGUGGUUGCCUUGGGAGAAGUUGACAAGUCGGGCUCAUGAGUUGACGCAUUCUCGCUCCGACAACGCCAUCCUGUUUGAUGCUCAGGGCAACAUGAGGCUGACUAAGAAGAUGCAGGAGAGCCAGUGUACUCUGACAGGUGAGCUCCAAGCUCGACAAGCGCUUCAGAGGCGCGCGUUGGCGUAUGACCUCGCCCGCUUGUGUGACUAUGCUGUCAUGGAAACCUACCAUGAGGAGUUGUUCCAGCUCCUCACUCGGCCUCCACCUCCCAAUGCCCUCUACGUCUCAAUGGGCCAAAUCCGAGAAGCUGAUAAGCACUUGUUCAUCAGGAUCGCAGAGCAAACCCGGGGCUCUCUCACUGCUCGCCCGGAUGGUGCUAAGCCUUUGCAACAGCAGCUCGAGCUUCUCAAGAACCAUCCUCAGGUGCAGUUCUUCUUGAUGCCACCGCAGAAGCCUCUCCGCUACUCUCCUUAUGAUGGCAAAGGGGAGGGCAAGAAGGGAGCUGGAGGCAAGGGAAAAGGGAAAGCAUCGACCGGUGCUCCCGCAGGAGGGGCGGCGCAAGUGGACCUCCCAUCUGGAUGCAGCGCCAAACACAAUGGCAAGCCAAUAUGCUUUGCGUACAACAGGGCGGGCUGUAAGUUUGCCAAGGAUGGCAAGCGGUUGCGCCUCGCCCUGGAUCGACUUCUUCAACGAAGGUGUUUCAAGCUGGGGCCUACAUUUUCGGUGUGCUGGCCGGUCUACGCCGGUCUUGAGUUUGUUUUCAGUAACAUUGCUGUCUUUGCGAACUUACGGACUGAGAUGCACCUAGAUCCUAAUAAUCUGGAGGGCACUUUGAACUUUGCCAUUGCCCUGUCUUCCUUCGAAAGCGGACAGAUUCGACUUGAAGGCGGGCCGCAGGGUUCUGAGGCCCUUUUGGAUGUCAAGCCAGGCGUCUUCUUUGAUGCCCGGACUCGACGCCACGGGACCUGUGACUGGACAGGUCAGCGAGUCGUUCUUGUGGCAUUCAGCCUCAGGGGCUCCGAUCGCCUUUCUGCAAAGGUGUUCGCUGGCUGUGCUCGCUUGUCAGCUACGUUCGCCCGGGUUGGUUUCAAGGUCAUGCCCUUUGAUGGCCCUCGGAACCCGCAUCAGCCUGAGCAUCCUGUGUGUACGCUUGACCUGACAUUGCCGAUUUGCCAACAGAUCUUCUUGAGCCGCCUCGAGAAUUCCAGUGUCUUCUUGAUUCACUUUGGGUUGCCUUGUGGCACAGGAUCGCGUGCCCGCGAGGCGCCACUUCCCCAACAUCUGCGAGCCAGUGGUGCUCCUCAGCCUCGCCCGCUCCGAGACCAUGUGCACGUCUUGGGCCUCCCUUCCUUGAGUCCUCAGGAGUCUGCUAGAGUGGAGGCCGCCAACCGACUGGCCGAGUUCGUGGUGCAGGUGCUUGUGCGAGCACAUGAUCAAGGCUGGCGCAUUGUCAUUGAGAACCCCAUUCGUUCUUGGAUGUGGAGUGUUCUAGCCCACUUUGUGCGCGCGCUUGACAAGCCUCGCUUUCGGUCAUGGUACUCCGAGCUGUUCACUUUUGAUUUUGAUCAAUGCUGCUGGGGCGGUCGCCGUCGCAAAACUUCCAGGUUCUUGACCAAUGUGCCCGAGCUUCGCUCCUUGGUGGCUUCUUGUCAAAAUGAUCACCCUCACGAGCCGUACCGCAUCUUCAGAGGUGCGGCCUCUUCUUGGAAAUUCGACACAGCUUCCGAGGCCGAGUAUCCUUUGCCUUUGUGCGAACAGUACGUUCGCCUCUUGUGCCCGCUGGUCAAUGCCCAGCCGCCCAACCUGCCUAGGCCUUUGGUUCGUCAGGUUCAUCGGAAGCCUCCUCUCGUGCCUGAGUACAAAUCCUUCACAAAUGUCCGCCCUGAAAGUGGUGAGUUUCGCGAGCUCGCUUCAGAUCGGGGUGUUGGCGGGAGCGGCUCAACUCAGGGCUCCACGUUUGGAGUCUUUCACUCUAAGGGUGAGUUCCUUGAGAAGGCGCUGGAAGUUGAGCACCCCUUUGAUUCCGCCUUUGCCAUUGACGAUCAGACCAAAAGGAACGUCUUCGAGUUGCUCACCAUGGGUCUCCUGGGCCCUGCUCGCAGGCGGAUGGACACUCAGAAAAAGCUUUCAGCGUUGAAGCGUGAGCUUGCCGUCGAGGAGAAGCGUUUUCACGCCUCCCUUCCGGAGCACGCCCAAAAGGUGCUCAAGGGGAAGAACAUCUUGUUGUGGAAGAAGCUCCUUGAGGAGACCGGGUUCCCAGACAUCACGGUCGCUGAGCUCAUGGAGGGCGUCCCACUGGUCGGUAGGCCUAGUAAGUCUUCCUUGUAUGGGUGGAAGGAGCAGCCGGCGACCACAACGUUGGAUGAUCUUCUUGUUUCCUCCGUGUGGAGGAACCCUGCGCUGGCGGCGAAGGGCAGAGUUGGGGACGACCCCGUCCUAGCCGAGAAAAUCUGGCAGGCUACACUUUCGGAGGUGGAGAGGGGCUUCAUCUCGGGGCCCUACGAUUCGGAAGAGGACGUUAAGAAGGCCCUUGGAGUUUCUCACAUCUGCUGCAGCCGGCGCUUUGGGGUGAAGCAAGGUGCAGGCGAUGCUUUGAAGUAUCGCCCCAUCGACGACUUCAAGGAGAGUGCCAUAAAUUCUGCCUACCACGCGGUGGAUCGCUUGCAGCUGCAUGACGUCGACUACUUUGUUUCCUUGAUAAGGUUUCUGGCGAACUCCGUGGACGACUCGGGUGCAGUCAAUGUCGAGCUGUCCGACGGGACAGUGCUGAGUGGGGCUGUGCACAGUGACUUUCGAUCGGGGCGGCGCUGGCUUGGAAGGUGUCUCGAUCUGGGAAAGGCGUAUAAGCAGGUUCCCAUAUUGGCCGCUCACUUGCCCCUAGCCGUCAUAAUGGUAUGGGACCCGAACACCAGCCGCAACAGAUAUUUUACCACUUGGAGCAUGCCGUUCGGCGCAUGCGCGGCCGUGUUUGGAUUUAAUCGCAUAUCCAGGUCGCUCUUACAUCUGGCAUCGCACCUUUGCGCCGUCAUAGGAGGCGUGUAUUUUGAUGAUUAUCCUAUGAUCGAGCCUGCUGAGUCUUCUAGGAUGUGCAGCCUCUCGGUGGAAACCCUGCUUGACUCCUUGGGAUGGUCUUAUGCCGUCGGUGACGACAAGGGUCAGCCUUUUGAGGAAACCUUCAACCUCCUUGGCAUGCGGCUGGGCGUUUCUAGAAUAAUGGAUGACAUCCUCGAGCUCGAGAACAAGCCCAGCCGGGUCCAGAAGCUCGUUGAGGCAGCCAGGAGAAUGGCUGCGAGUGGGGUUGUGAGCAAGAGUGACUCUGCAUCCCUUCAUGGCCAACUGAACUUCAUGGUGGGCUUCGCUUCCGGCCGUUCCUUGAAAUUUGCUGCGCGAGCCUUGUCAAACCUUUAUCACUUUCCACGGGAUCAGCCUGACGAGGAGGUGAAGUCCUUGGGCCGCUACCUUGAGUCUGCGCUUUUGAGCUUGGAGCCCAAGGUCAUCAGGCUGAGGUCAGGCGGGAGGCCGGUGUCAGUCUUCAGCGACGCCUCUUACGAAGAUGGAGUGGCGGCAUGGGGCAUUGUCUUGGCAGACCCUGUCUCUGGUGAGAGGCUGGUAGCUGGCGGGAUUGUAGAUGAUCACCUUGUGCAGUUUUGGCUUGAUGAAGGAGUUGAACAAGUCAUUUCACAGGCCGAGGCCUUUGCUUUGGUUCUGGCAAGGAGAGCUUUCAAGGACCACCUGCAGUGCCGCAGAUGCGUGUUCUAUGUCGACAAUGAUGCGGCGCGCUAUGUAUGCAUUAAGGCGAGCAGUCCGAGCCGAACCCUCCUCUCCUUGGCCUGCUCCUUUUACGCCAGUGAGUCUCAUGACGGAGUCAUUUCAUGGCUGGAGCGUGUUCCUUCUGCGAGCAAUAUCGCUGAUCUCCCUAGCAGGGGAGAAUGCGCUGAGGCGGCAAAGCUGAUAGGAGGCAAGAUUGUCGACUGCAGUCAGAUUGCAUCGGACCUGACUUCGGAAAUUUUGUCCGUGGAUGAUCUUCCGUGGAGCCUUCUCGCUACGUCCUACAAGGACAAAGCUUUAGCUUGUGAGAUCCUUUCGAAAGAUGAGGCGCCCCGCGCCGAGGACAUCAUUCGCUUGUACGAAGCUUUGCCGAAGGAGGUGUCAGCCCGUGACCCUGAGGGCCGCAUCCCGAGCUCCUUCUCCACGGGUGCCUACAACAAGGGAGGCUUGACAGGCCUGAGGAAGGCAUGCCACGAUUUCCCGCUGGCCACCAAGUGCUUGGUCCGUUUUGUUCGAAGCAUGCGUCCUUUCCAUCCUUUCAGCACCAUCAGCAUUUACGACAAUGUGUGCACUGCCCUCCAUAAGGACAGCCGCAAUGCUUGCUGCGAGAACUUGAUAAUCCCUCUUACCCAGUUUUCUGGGGGCGAGUUGUGGAUGCAACAAGACCAGGGUGCUACACCUCAAAACUUUGGGGGCUCUGAAGUGUUUGGGACGGCAGUGCCGAUUCCCCCAGAAGGCUUGUGCUUCGAUGCUCGUGGCAUCUUGCAUUGCACUAUGCCUUGGAAGGGCCGCCGACUGAUUGCCGUCGCAUUCACGGUGUCGAAGACUGAGGAGCUGAAGAAAGCGGAUGCGCAGCUUCUUGAGGACCUUGGAAUCAAUUGCCCUUCCGCAAGCCAGUUGACAGGGAGGACCUUGGAUGCCGGGGAGCUGUCAUCGACGGAGAGCUCUGAGUCGGAACACCCGUCUGGUGGCAAGGACCAGCAAGCAGACGAUGUCUUCAGACCAGAGCUUUGUGGCAACUUCGGAAACCCCUUGAUGCUGGAGUGGGACGGGAGAGAGUCGCCUAUCACUGACGGCUAUGGCCUUUGUUCUCCAACGCGUUGGCAUCCUGCCUCCCGUGGAGCAUCGCUACCAGAGAAAUCAAAGGACCUGUCGAGACGCUUGAAUGGCUUGGUGCAGCAAUUUGUCGCAGAGCAGGUGCCAGAUUGCCAGUUGCUGGCACUCAAGUUGGCCACCGGACAGAUUCUGGAAUCGCCUUUCGAGGAGGGUGCAAUGCGACGCCUUCGCGAGGACUGGGCUGCACUUGUAUGUGAGACGGAUGGAGCCAAACACGAAGGUUUGCUGGAAGUCGCGGGCUUCAGGACAGAUGCAAAGUGUGCCGACGGAUUCGUCGUGUUGGCCGGUUGGGAGCUAAGUGAUGACACCAAAAGUUCAAAAUGGUUUUCGCUGCGCUUGACACCGAGUGACGCACCAUACUUGUUUGAUCAGGAGGGGAAAUCACAAUGGGCAUCAGGCUCAGCAGAACUGCUGGCAACAUUGGCGGCCCUUCACAUCUUCGGAUACUUGACCGCCUCUGUGGACAGAAAGGAACUGGACGUCGAGUGCGCGGCGGACACAGACAAUCAGGGCAACUCGAGAUUGCUCAAGAAGGGGUCCUCAACCAAGUGGCCCCUGAUGUUGAUCAACAUGCAGUUGUCUGAUUUGCUUCUUCGCUCUUCCUUGAAGCUCCUCCUACGGUGGAGGCCACGCGAUGAGAAUCAGUACGCAGACCAGCUUACGAAUGAGAUUUUCACUAACUUCUCGGACGAACAUCGCAUUGCAUGCACAUACUCGGAUUUGCCUCUUGCGCUCCUGCAUCAGUUGUGGGAGACAAAAGAAAGCUUCGACUCAGCACGAAGGGCUCAGGCCGUGCUUCAGCAGGAUGCCUCGGGGCAUCGUCCUCAGAAGAGGACAGGCUAUGUAGUGCAGAAAGAAGGCCACGCGCAAACGCAGCGCUUGAUUGGAUAUGCCGAUGACAACUUGUUCAAGUGGACGUUCCACUCUCGAGAGGAUGUGGCGGCCGCGAUCUCAGAAGCCACGGCCAUCAUCAACCUGUUGGAACAACAAGGCCUCACGGUGAGUAAGGACAAAACAGCUAUUCUCCUCAAUUUGGCGGGCCCUCAAGCCGAGGCCUAUCGUCGGAAGAUCGUUGUAAAACAUGAGGGCAAGCACCAUCUUUGGCUGAACCAGGACCUCACUUUACCCAUCAAGGCCCAGCACACAUAUCUUGGAGCCAUCAUCUCCUUUGGUCGGUUCGAAGAACUUAAUGCCACGCACCGUUGCCAGGCAGGGAUUGCCACUUACAACCGGCUUCGCCAGCAUCUUCACUCUAAACGCACGUGGCCAUUGGCGAAACGGCUGAGACUCUGGAAGGCCUAUGUGCUACCCACGGUCUUCUACUCGCUCACUGCCUCGGGACUCACUGAGAAAGGUGCUUCAUGCAUUAGGGUUGCACUCCUCAGGCAACUUCGGGCCAUAGCUGGACGGCCACGGCAUUUGACACUGGAGUCUGACGCUCAAUUCCUGCUCAACCUGGGAAUGCCAACUCCUCUGCAGCUUCUCAUCGACAGGCAACGGAACACUUUGGACCGAACGGAGCAGCUUCGCGCCAAGCUUUCCCCCGGCGACUUCAGGCUCGAUGCCGCGCUGCUGGCCCAUGAAACUGAGGUGUUACACGGCUUACAGGAACUGGCGGCUGACUCCUCCAACACGGGGGCCACCGAUGAUUUGCCCUGUCCUGAUUGUGGCGAACGCUUCCCCACGGCAGCAUCACUCCGUCAACAUCGUGCCAAGGUCCAUCGCAGUGGCGAGAACAAGGCCAAGGGUGAGAGCUUCGAUCGGCUACUUCAUGGUAAGGACGGCCUCCCGCAGUGCGUCAAUUGCGGGCACAAGUUCGGCACAUGGGAGGAAUUACAGCGACAUGUGCAACUUGGACGAUGCCAAGCCCCCGAGCGAGCUGGCUAUGAUGACGUCCACCCCCCACUGCUUGCCAAGGUCCUUGCUGAUGAAAUUGUGUUUCCCGAGGUCAUGCUCAACCCCCCGAAUGACGACCUCAAAAAGGAGCUCCUCGAGCGGUGUGCGUUGUGCAGGCAAUGGUUGCCCAAUGAGAAUUAUAUGAAGGUCCACUACGGCCGCGUCCACAAGGACGAAUGGAAGGCGCACAGUUCUCGUUUGCGAGUGUGGUGCACCAACAACCUUGCCCCCAUCAAAGGGACAUGUCAGUGGUGCGGACACAAGGCCCAACAAGGCAGGGAUCAUCGUGCCACAUGCCCGGCCUUGUUUCAGUUGGCAAUGUCAUGGUUCGUUAAUGGAGGUCCCAAGGAUGCCGCUGACAUGACGGCGCCGAGCGAUGAGCCUUAUCCUUCAGCUGAGGAGGUAAAACCAAUGCUCGGCAUGACCUACGAUGCGGAGAUUCAGGAUGUGUUCGCCAACUGCCUGCCGGCAUUGGCGAACCUCAAGGCGGGAUCUCUCGAGGAAGUGCCGGAGCGGGAGACAGAGGACCUCGACAUGCCCAACCGGGGCAAACGUUCGAGGCCAGAGCCGAUGGGAGACAAGACGCUCCACAGAUCACAGUUGGGCAAGGGCAAAGGGGGCCACCGGGGCAACGAUGCAAAGAACAGGGGAAGCUGGAACAAUUGGGAGCGCGACGACUGGGAUUACCACAGUUGGCGGCCGCAGCACCGUGCGGAUCUCGAGAGGCUGAUGGAAGCUUUGUGUCGGCUGACCCUGAAGCAAGAGGAAGAGUUGCAGCUUCUUCGAACGGAGAAGCAAUUCCUGCUGCAUCUGGAGUCUGGCCCUCAGGGAAUGCUCUCCCCCUUAUGGAAGGUGGCCCAAGUGUGGAAAGCAGGCAAAGACAAAACUCCACCAACCGUGACCAGCUCGUUACGUGUGGCCUUGAUCAAGUGCGUCCUCGCGGAGUGGAUGGCGAGGCUGGACAUCAUGACCAAGGAUGCGGAGACGGUCAAGAAGAUGGAGGCACAGGGAUGGGUGAAAGUGCAGGGCGUCGACGAGCUGCACUGGAACUUUCAGCAAUGGAACCAGCAAACCCGACAGCUGGAGCUGGAUCCGAGCAAACCACCCGUGGGCCACUCAACGAUAUUGCGGGCAGCGACCAACCUCCAGGCGUUGGUGAAUUCCGAGACCGAACGGCUCAUUCACCGAUUUCACUCCACCCGAAAGCUCACCGAAUCGGUCAUGGGCGACACGAUGCCUUUCAUCCUGUCGGUGGCGAUGAGAGGAACCAAGGCACAACAAGCCCACGACAUCCUGAGCGACCUGACGGGCAGUGCAGCUUUGAGAACCGUGGGAGUGCGCAUUCGGGGCGAGCGGGUGAACCUACAGCCAUUGGCACAGCAGAUUGCCAAAAUGGCGGCCGCGCUACGCCGCUGA